ACAACCAACACUUAGAAAAUCUCUUAUUGAAAGAAAAGCUUUAAGUCAACAUUUCUAAUUGGGAAUCAAUGGUAGAUGGAGAAUUGUGGAUUUCAGUUGACAUGAUACAUGUGGCCCAUGUCUCAUCUUCCUAUCUAGGACCCUCUGGCUCCGAAGACAAAUAUCAGUCACUGGGAACUGAGGGAAUGUCCUCCAAGGAUUUGACUUUCGGAAUGAUUUUCUUGUUACAGACUACAUUUGGUAUCCUGGGCAACUUUUUCCUUCUUUUCCAGUAUAUCAUCCUUUGUUUCACUAAAUGCAGGUUACGGUCCACAGACUUGAUUCUCAAGCACCUGACUGUAGCCAACUCCUUGUCCAUUCUCUGUAAAGGAAUCCCAAAGACUAUGGAAGGUUUUGGGUGGAAAAAUUUCCUCAAUGAUGUUGGAUGCAAAUUUGUUUUAUAUGUUCACAGAGUGGGCAGGGGAGUGUCCUUUGGCAGCACCUGUCUGUUGAGUAUCUUCCAGGCCAUCAUCAUCAGCCCCAGGAACUCUGGGUGGGCAGAGCUUCAAGUGAAAGCUCCCAAGUACAUGGGCUUCUCCAUUUUCCUAUCCUGGAUCCUGCACAUGUUGCUGAAUACCAGUUUUCUGAUGUACAUGACUAGUAAUCGCAGCAAUAAAACCAUCACAAACAAAAAAGACUAUGGAUACUGUUCUUCUGUGAGAAUUGACCAAACCACCAUCUUACUAAACUCAUUAUGGCUGGCACUCCCUGAUGUUGUGACUUUGGGACUCAUGCUCUGGUUCAGCGGCUCCAUGGUUUUCAUCCUGUACAAACACAAGCAGCGGGUCCAACACAUUCAUAGGAACAGCGUCUCCCCCAGAGCCUCUGCUGAGACCAGAGCCACCCAAACCAUCCUCGUCCUGGUGAGCACCUUUGUAUCUUUUUACAUCCUCUCCUCCAUAUUUCAAAUUUUUAUAGCUGUUUUUUAUCAACCCUCUUGGUGGAUACUGAACAUGGAUGCACUCAUUUCUAUGUGUUUCCCCACUGUCAGCCCCUUGAUUCUCAUGAGCUGUGAUUCCAGCCUCUCCAGGCUCUGCUUUGAUGUGAUGAAGAAGACAAAAUUCCCUCCUCUUAUCAGAAAUACCUAAUUGUGUGUUUUUGCACAAUGUUCACGUGUUAGUUUAUUCAUCUCACAGAAUCC